AUGACUGCUUGUCACCUAUCCCCCGUGAGAUUGUCAUUCUUCAAGGCACGCAGCUAUGCAACAAGUGCCAAACAUCGUCGACUCAACGUACCGAUCGACUUCAAAGCUACCCCGUUGCUGCAUCAUUCCCCCAAGACAUUCAAGGCCAAUGGCAUUCCCGAUGAAGGGCCAUCUAAGCGACUGAAUCUUUGUCAAGCCGUCAAUACUGCCCUAGCCACCGCACUGCGUUCGUCCAAAGAUGUGCUUUGCUUCGGUGAGGAUGUUGCAUUUGGCGGAGUCUUCCGCUGCACGAGUGGGCUUCAAAGCGAGUUUGGCUCCGAAAGAGUCUUCAAUACCCCGUUGACAGAGCAGGGUAUCGUCGGAGCCGCUAUUGGUGCUGCGGCGGAAGGAAGGAAGCCAGUCGUCGAGAUCCAGUUUGCAGAUUAUGUCUUCCCUGCGUUUGAUCAAAUCGUCAAUGAAGCCAGCAAGUUCCGCUAUCGAGAGGGCACAACGGGCAGCAACCUUGGAGGAAUGGUCAUUAGGAUGCCCUGUGGAGGCGUCGGACAUGGCGCAUUAUAUCAUUCUCAAUCACCAGAAAGCUUAUUUUGUCAUAUCCCAGGAUUCAAAGUCGUUAUGCCGCGAUCGCCCUCUCAGGCAAAGGGUCUUCUUCUGUCUGCGAUACUCGAAUCAAAAGACCCGGUCAUCUUUCUAGAGCCUAAGAUCCUCUAUCGUGCUGCCGUCGAAGAGGUCCCGGACAGCUCGUACAUGCUACCCCUGAACAAAGCUGAAGUCCUGAAACGAGGUCGCGAUCUCACAAUUGUUUCAUAUGGCCGACCUCUCUAUACCUGUCAGGCUGCGAUCGAAGCUGUCGAGAAAGACUUGCCGGGUGUUUCAAUUGAGUUGAUCGACUUGCGAACGAUAUAUCCUUGGGACAGAGAGACCGUGAUUGACAGUGUUAAGAAAACUGGUCGAGCUAUGAUCGUUCAUGAGAGUAUGGUCAAUUUUGGCGUUGGUGCAGAAAUUGCGUCAACAAUACAGGAGAAAGCUUUCUUUCAUCUCCAGGCUCCCAUCAAGCGGGUUGCUGGGUGGUCCACGCAUACAGGGUUAGCCUGGGAGAAAUACAUUCUGCCCGACGUUACCAGGGUUUAUGAUGCCAUUCAUGAGACACUGGAUAUUUAA